AUGAAUAAAGACAUACAUGAAUACGUCGGAAAAGAUAUGAACGGUUAUAGAGUCUAAAAACCAAUUGGACAAGGAAAAUUUUCGACUGUUUACAAAGCGGAAACAUCCGAUAAUAAAAUAGCAGCAUUGAAAAAGAUUAAAAUAUUCGACAUGAUGGAUCCUAAAUAAAGAGAUAAAUGUUUAAAAGAAGUGGAAUUAAUGAAGCCAUUAGACCAUAAAAAUAUAAUAAAAUAUUUAGAUUCAUUCAUACACAAUAAUGAAUUAAUAAUAGUAACAGAAUGGGCCGAAAAAGGAGAUUUGAAACGAUUAAUAAAAAUAUAAUAAUAAGAAGAAAAUCCCUUUGAAGAAUUAAAAAUAUGGGAAUAUAUGAAUUAAAUAGCAUCUGCUUUAAACCACAUGCACGAGAAAAGAAUAAUGCACAGAGAUUUAAAACCUGCAAAUAUAUUUAUUGCAUCUGAUGAUAUUUUAAAAAUUGGUGAUUUAGGUUUAGGUAGAGAAUUUUCUUCAGAAACAAUCGAAGCUUAUUCUAAAGUAGGUACACCUUUAUAUAUGAGUCCUGAACUUUUAAAUGGAGAAGGUUAUGAUAUGAAAAGUGAUAUAUGGUCUUUAGGUUGUAUUAUUUAUGAAUUUUGUGAAUUAAAAAGUCCUUUUAGAAAUGAAAAUGAGAAAAUGAGUCUAAUGGAUCUUUUCAACAAAAUUACUUAAGGGCAAUAUAAGAAAAUCAGUAAAAGAUACAGUGAAGAGCUUUCUAAUAUUAUUGAUUAGAUGAUUAUUGUUGAUCCUUCAAAAAGAAUAGAUUCAGGAUAUGUACUCUUUAAAAGCCAAGAAAUUAUAGAAAAUAUGAAAAAAAGUCCGAAGAUAGAUUGUGUUUUGAUAAAUGAAGAUAUCUAUGAAAAAUUAACUCUUUUAGAGUAUUAGAAAUAUUUUUGUAAACCUAUUAAUAGAAAACCUAUUUCUAAAAUAUAUUUUGCACUUCCAGAUAAUAAUAUGAUUUUAAAUAAUGAAAAGUUUUUUUAUUUUGCUGAACUUUCAUAUUGGAUUAUGUCUAUAAAAAAAUAUGAUUAAAAAAAUAAAAUCUUAGCAGCUUAAUAAUUAAAAGAUAAUGGUAUUUGGGAUUCUAUUGAAGAAUGUGGUCAACAAUUGUUAUAAGAUUUAAGAAAAUGGGGUUCUAGGCUUCCUGACUAAUUAAAUAUAUCUCAUAUCAGAAAUGGAUAUGGAGAUACAAUUUGUUUUAUUUUAAAUGAUAUACUUAAUAGAGAAUUAAUACGUGUAAAUUUUAAAUUCGAUUAGCCUAUUUUUAAAAAUGAAUAAUGUGACCAAAAAGUGAUUUUGCUCGAUUCUGAAAACGAAGAAAGCAUAAAAGAAAUCAAUUCAAUAAAUUCUUCAUAUUAUGAAGAAGAAAAACACGAAGAAUUCAUAAAUAAAGAUAUAGAAAAAAAUGAGAAUAAUAUAAUUAUAAAAAGUGAAAUAAAUGAAUAAGAUUGGAAAAAAGAAUAUAAAAGAGUGUACUAAGAAUUACAUGAUUUUGAUAAAAAUAUUAAUAAAUUUGAAAGAUAAAAGUAGGAAGAAUAUUAUUUUAAUUUAUACAAAAUGCAAAAGUAUAAAAAAUCACUUAAAAAUGAUAUUUUUGAAUAUAAAUCUAUACAUGAUAAAUUUUAUGUUUAGUUAUAAAAUUAAUUAGAUGAUAUAAAAAAUGGACAAUAUAUAAUUAAUUCAGGAAAUUUAGAAAAUAUUUAAAUUUUGUAAGAAUAAGCAAGAAAUAAAAAUGAAUUUUUAAAAGAACUCAAAUAAAGAUCUGAAUAAGUAGAACUAUAUGUUAAACAUCUUAAUAAUUUAAAGGAAUAAAAUACAAGAAUAAAAAAAUAAAUUUAAGAAAAAGAAAAGUUAAUAACUAAUAAUAAUUAAAAGUAAAAAAUAUAAGAAGCGAUUAUAAAUUUAAAUAAAGAAAUCAAAAAUAUGAAUUUAAAAAUAGGUAUUAUUUAAGCAAGUAUUUAAUAAAAAAAAUGAUAGAGAUAGAUUAAACCGAAAAACAAUAGGGAUAUU